UCCAAGGUCUUAGGGUGUGUUUUCUCUAGCUCCUCAGGGUAGCCCAAUGGCAGCCAUGCAGGAAAGGGGUGAGAUCCUUAAUAACCGUUUUAAGGCCUCCCAGCAGGGUGCUGGUAGCAGAGUUCUAUAUACUCUGAUCAUCUUUAUACUGCACUGGUUACUGAAUCUUUUGGAGUGGCUGGAGCCUGAGGACAAGGACACAAGCAGCAGGACAGAUGCAAGAGAAAAGCAGGUGAAGCCACAACCUGAUCAGCAUGCUGUUGUUUCAGGAGGGAAGUAUGGCAUUCAUCUGUGGUCGGAACCUGGUGGGCCUCAUCCCAGCUCAAACUGUCAUGACAAUACUGGCCCAAAGCAGAUGCCUGGUAGAUCCUCAACUGUUACAAGAAUCCAUCUCGGCUGUUCACCUACAUACAAAACGAUGUAUAGAGUUGGGAGGCAGCUGCCCAAACUAUCAAGCAUGAACCAUCAGUUGCCCAGAAGACAGGCUCCUCAAGACCACCGUCAAGUGAAACGAGCCCAGACUAAUGUGUUGAGGGAGAUGGCUACAAGUGUUUUAUCUCCAGUUAAACCAUUCUCUGCUCCUUACCAGCUUUUCUCCAGCUUUGUGGAUGAUUUGGAGAAGCAAUUUCCACCCCUCCCACCGAGAAGGCUGUAUGUGAAACCAUCAUCACUGCAUCCAAUCAAUGUCAGUCUAUUAUGAGCCCCCCAUGCUGAAGCAAUGGAACCUCCUCCAAGAAGGGUAAAAGGAAGAAAUCAUGACAGGGAAUCAUCACAUGUUUCCCCAGAAUCUGCCUUCUGCAACAUAUGGAGAAGAGAGCAGCACAU